AAAUGCCCUUUUUCAGCUAGUGUGCGACACUCCACUCUUGGAACUGUGUGGUUUCUCUUUUAACAUUCUCACUCCCUGUUUCCUUCUUAAUCAAUCAGCCAUGGCGGCCGCCAUAUCGCUUUGCCCAGUUUCUGCGAAAGCUCACAGCUCUUGCUAUUCAUCACUUGCCUCUAGCUAUGUCUUCUCCAAGAGUUUGAUUGGUGGCUUCCAGAAAGCGCAGAAAUUGAACAGUUUUCAGCUUCCGACGCUGCGUGUUUCUUCUGCUGCUGUUAAUGAUAGUGUGGUGACUGUAAGCGACUCCUCUCGUCCCGCCAUUCGUUUAGCGGUGAAGCGACAUACUAUAUCUGUGUUUGUUGGGGAUGAAAGUGGAAUUAUAAACCGAAUUGCGGGUGUCUUUGCUAGGAGAGGUUACAACAUUGAGUCACUUGCCGUCGGAUUGAACAAGGAUAAGGCUCUGUUUACCAUUGUUGUUACUGGAACAGAGAAUGUCUUGAGACAAGUUGUGGAGCAGCUACACAAACUUGUCAAUGUUAUCAAGGUGGAAGAUAUCUCAAAAGAGCCCCAAGUGGAGCGUGAGUUGGUGCUUAUGAAACUCAAUGCAGAUUCAAGUACUCGUGCCGAGAUAAUGUGGUUAGUAGAUAUCUUCAGAGGAAAAAUUGUGGAUACUUCAGAACAUUCACUGACUAUUGAGGUGACUGGAGAUCCUGGAAAGUUGGUUGCCGUUGAAAGAAACUUCAGCAAAUUUGGAAUUAAAGAACUUGCUAGAACGGGAAAGAUAGCAUUGAGAAGGGAGAAAAUGGGGGAGACAGCUCCCUUUUGGAGGUUCUCAGCAGCUUCUUAUCCGGAUCUCGAAGACUCAAGGCCGGUUGAAGGCUUUGUAGGGGAUUCAAUUCAAUCAGUCAAUGGCAACAUCUCUACCUCAACCGGAGAUGUGUAUCCUGUGGAGCCAUAUGAGAAUUUUCAUUCAAAUCAAGUUCUUGACGCUCACUGGGGUGUUCUCUAUGAUGGUGAUUCAAGUGGUCUUCAAUCACAUACAUUAUCUAUGCUAGUAAACGAUUAUCCUGGAGUUCUCAAUGUUGUUACUGGGAUUAUUUCUAGAAGAGGUUAUAACAUUCAGAGUCUUGCUGUAGGACAUGCAGAAAAGGCUGGAUUAUCUCGUAUCACAACAGUCAUUCCUGGAACUGACGAGUCAAUUGGAAAGUUGGUUCAGCAGCUUCAUAAAUUAAUAGAUCUUCAUGAGGUGCGGGAUCUAACGUACUUGCCGUUCGCUGAAAGAGAAUUAAUGUUGAUAAAAGUUGCAGUAAAUGCUGCUGCCAGAAGGGAUGUCCUCGAUAUUGCUGAUAUCUUCCGUGCAAAAGCUGUUGAUGUUUCUGAUCAUACAAUUACUCUUCAGCUCACUGGGGAUUUAAACAAGAUGGUCGCAUUGCAGAGGUUGCUGGAGCCAUAUGGGAUAUGUGAGGUGGCAAGGACAGGAAGGGUAGCAUUGGGAAGAGAAUCCGGUGUCGACUCGACAUAUCUUCGUGGUUAUCCUCUUCCUAUCUAAGUGCCAGCUACUUGAUGUUACGUUGGACCGUAAUGAAGGUGGUUGAAGCACAAACUCAGAUUGUGCAUAGCCAAAAUAUGGACCUAUAAGUUUCAGGCAUUUUUGUCAUGGUUGGCUUAAGAACGUUUCUAAAUUAGUCUUGUGAAGUAAGUGAGAGAAGAAGUGGAAAUACAAUUGUGUAGUAUCAUGUUUCCCCAUUGUGCACCUUUGGAUGAAAUCCUCAAGGAUCUUCUUACCUGUAACUAUCUCAAAAUUGAAGCAUGUCUUUUUGAUCUUUUGAAGAAAUAAUUUGUUUUGUUCUUU